AAAUUUCAUAUUUUUGAAAUGAUAAAUCGAUAGGUACCUAUACUUGGGAGUCCAAUCUCUCAAGUCUCAAUUUAAUGAUGAAAAGUUUUCAAAAAUUCAAUCUGCACGCUUGGAAAAAAAUUGCUUAAACCACUUAGCCAAGUGAUCCUUAAGUAACGUUUAUGAAUAGGGCCCUACCUUGAGCAUGUAAUCGUUGUAAAUUUAUUGUAAUCCUUGAUAUCAGCUUACAUACUAUGAUGCUAAUUACUAAACCAAUUCUCGAAUUUUUUCGUGGUUUCCAAUAAUUCUAAGCUUUCUCAAAAGUCAAAGUGAAAAUUUUCUAGAUUUGAUCAUCUCUUUACGGUUUUACUAUAUUCACUUAUUACGUAUUAACAAACAGCUUUAUUCGAAGUUUCACUCAAUUCAAUAUGGAAAUGAACCUAACCGAGGGAUGUAUCAAGGUACCUCUUUUAACCUAUCUAUGCCCUUGAACGUAGAUUUUCUUUAACAUUAAAAAAUAUGUAGUAGGUAAUUAUCAAUGUGUCAUCUUAAAAUUCCAGGAAAUUUUGCUAGGCAAUAAAAUAGAGAACCCCAUAGUUCAAAUUAUGGUAAUAGUACUGCGUAACUGACGAGAGUAAAGAAUUUUACAUUUUUUUAUUAAUACCUAAUAAGUACUUAUUUGUUUAAAUGUUCAGAGCUUAAUGAAAGAUGGUGUAAGAAGAAAAGUUCAAAUUUCAGAUGGAGUGUUCUUUACUGAACUUCCAUCAACAUUAUCAUGGAAGGUGCUUGAAUUUAUUACCGACGAAGAACUACAACCCUGGAGUGUAGUUGUUUUGAACAAAUACAACUGCUCGAAAUUGAAUUACCCUAACAAAGGAAAAUGGAUAAUGAUAUUGAUCGAUAAGAUGACCGUAUUGAGAAAAGGCUGUAUCGUUGGAAAAUUAAUUGGCAAUCCUAUUCCUGCGAACGAAUUUCAAAUAAAAGGGCUCACUGCCUUUGAGAAAUCUCUGUUGGAGGACUCGAAAACAUUAUCACGAAUAGCAGCGUUGAACCAUGGUUGGUGUAUUAAAGCACGAAUCGUGAGCAAAGGAGAUAUCCAGAAAUUAUCAAGCGAGCAAUUCUUCAACUUGGAACUCGCUGAUUUAUCCGGCAGUAUUUUAGCGACUGCUUACGACGAUGCUUGUCGUAAAUUUUACGACUUGGUAGAGGUGAAUAAAGUAUACCUGAUCAGAAAGUAUUACUUGCAACACGAUGAAACUUCCGCUCGCAGAUUCAAGUUGAUUUUGAAGCACGACAGUGAAAUUGAACCGGCUGUCGAAAAUAUUAAGUUCGACUUUUGUACCUUUCGGUCUAUCAGAGAUGCACCUUUGAACGCAAAAGUUGAUGUCAUAGGAAUUUGUUUGCGUUCGUCAGAGGUGACGAACUACGAGGACGAAUCGCGUAAGUAAUCCGAAGGAGCAUGGUACAGGAAAUGAAAAUGUAUUCGGAAUCAGUGUUAUGUUAUGGAACGAGGCAGCCCAAAAAAUCGAUAUUUCUACUACGCCAGUGGUUGCCAUUCACGCUGCUGAUAUUGUAGAAAAAUCGUCAGGAGUUCGAUAUCCCUCCGUUCAUCAUGUUACUCAAGUAUUUGUGAAUCCAGAUAUCAAGGAAGCUCGUGAAAUAAAAAUGCUGAACGACAUCCAAAUGCAAAGAAUGAGAGAGUCCAUUAGUGUAAAUGUUCGUCCACAAACAUAGAUUUUAGAAGUCAUAUUGUAGUCGUUGGAGUUUUGUCUUGGAAUAUCAUAAUGGUAGAGAAAUAUUCAAUAGUUUAUAACUGGAUGUUGGUUGUAUAUUUUAUAGAUAUUAAAACCGUUUGAAUCUACAU